ACCAAGGAGAAGAUCAAAGAGGAAAUCUUGACAUAGUGUUUGGCAUAGGUCCCUAUGAUCGUUUCGUGUCCUCGAAGUACGCAAUGCGUCUCAAGUAUUUCCCCGGCAGAAGUAGCCCAUCCUCUACAUUAUCGAUGUAGAGAUUGUUGUUGUUGUUGUAGUAGUAGUAAACUGUCGAGCACAAACUCUCUCUCUCUCUCUCUCUCUCUCUCUCUCUCUCUCUCUUUCUCUCUCUCUCGCAUAUCCUUCGCGACGGUCGACGUAAGAGGACAGGCAACGAGCGAACGAUAAAACGAACGGUAGCCCGCGAUAGAUCACACACAGAGCUUGGCCCGUUUACUGGCACGUAACGAAGACGGUCACGCGAGCUCACGAGCUCGUGCAUAAUGACCGUGAUCUACGGAGCCGUGUAGCAACGAGAGCAAUACCAGUGGUAGCAGUAACGACGACAAAGACAACCGACGAGCGAACGAGCGAGCAAGCGAGCGAACGAGCGACCGAACGUUACCUUCCAUUAUUCGAACGGAACGAACCGCAACCGAGGGAGAGAGAGAGAGAGAGAGAGAGAAAGAAAGAAAGAAAGAUGGCCCGAGGCGUGUCGGCCUCGAGACAUCGAUGGAGAACUCGAUCGCCUAAUGGGACUCGAAUUAUCGCUCCUGAAUUGGCCUAGGAAAAUUUGCACGCGACUUCCUUCUCCACCUUUUUAACGUUCCCUUAGGUUUCUUUAUAUAUUCGCGUUCGCCUUCGCAAACACAUCCUUCGAAUUACAAUGACUAUCAGAAAAAUUUUGACGCGCUUCGUGUUUCAUUUUCGUAAUUCUUUUUAUCUUCACUUAAUUUAGUUUUGGUCGAGUAAAAAAAAUUAAAGAGAGAAAAAAAAAAGAAAACUGGCUUUGUUAAAACUUUUUUCUUCCUAGUCGGUGUAAGUCAAGGUAAAACUUGGCAAUAGAAAAAACCUCCUCGGGCACUUUCACUUUUUACUUCUCGUUCGCAAAACAUCCGUUUACAUAGGGUCGAUCAAAAUUAAAGGUCGACGUUGACAGUGCACGAUCGAGACCACCAAUGGGAAUACGUUCGUGAGCGGGUUUUAAUCAAAAGGUGAAAUCAAAAGAACUGUAGUGCUGUUGAUGCCGAUUGUGAGAGAAAGAUAGAUCGAUAGAUAGAUAGAUAGAUAGAUAGAUAGAUAGAUAGAUAACUGUACGAAGUGGAAAGAUCGAACGGUGGCUAUCGAUGCGCAGGGAACGGGUCGACUUCCUGUCUAACAUUUUCAUGAAAACGAUCGUGGCCAUUAGCGGAAGGAGAAGGUGAAAUAGCAAGUGAGAGAGAGAGAGAGAGAGAGAGAGAGAGAGAGGGAGGAAGGGAAAUAGAGAGAGAUGAAAGAGAAUAAGAUAGUGGAAAUAGGAAAAGCUUUUGAACUUUAGCGUGCUAGCGUUUGUGUGUGCGUGAAUUGUGUGGGUGUCUGUGUAGAUAUGUAAUGAUUCCGCCUAAGGGUGGAAAAAAUAUUUUGGAGAUCGAACAGUUUUUCUAUCGCUGGGUUAUCCGUAUCCGAGAGGUGUUUUCGUUGAAAAAUCGUUGGGAGAGUCUCUCUCUGUCUCUCUCUCUCUCUUAAAAUUGAGAGAGGAAAAGAGGCUCGAAUGAGCCGGUAUAUCUGGAUCUCUGGUUGAAGAAGGCUUCGUAAGAGCACGAAGAGUAACUCGAUCCUUGGAAAAAAAAGGAAGAAGAGAAAGAAUUGUUGGUGAAUCGAAUCAACGAGAUGGAUGCCUUGGAAUUGCAAGCUGCCCUGGUAAAGUUGGAUCCGGCUACUACGGUGACGCCUAUCACUUCGAAUGUCAAACUGAUGUCUCAUCAUCGUAUUGCCUUCGCCGUGGACGUCGACGAUGACGAUCUAACCCUAAGGAAUUCUUCAGAGGUCGAUGAAAAACAUUCGAGCGGUGGUUGCUCCGGCGAACAUCAGCAGAGUUCAUCGACUACGACAGGGACAGGAACGACAGGGACGAGGAAACUUCAGAACGCGAAUUGCGGCGCCAGUCUGACCGUGACUACUCAUCAGAAUCAUCAGACUGGCCAACAACAGAUGGGGAUGUCCAAGUGUAAUCUCGUCGAGGUCAGGUGACGCCAGCCCUGCUUCGGCGUUAACAUGAUUUAUCAUACCUAUCCGCCGCAUCGAGGUAGCAAGCACCACGGUAAACAUCAUGCAAAGGAGAAGAGACAUCAUCAUCACACUAUGCAUCAUCAGCAUCAUA